AUGGCGACCUCUGUCGCCCAAAAGCGACUUUUCCACGAAUACAAGCUCCUCUCCACAAAUCCACCAGACGGCAUAACCGCCGGCCCCGUCAAUGAAGAUGACAUGUUCCACUGGGAGGCGCUGAUCCAGGGCCCUGAGGGCACACCUUUUGAAGGCGGCGUGUUUGCUGCUGAGCUCAAGUUCCCCAAGGAUUAUCCGCUCAGUCCGCCCACGAUGAAAUUUCUGGGCGGCGGGGUGUGGCAUCCGAAUGUGUAUCCCAACGGCGCUGUAUGCAUCUCCAUCCUACAUCCCCCAGGAGACGACCCGAACCACUACGAGCACGCCUCAGAGCGCUGGAGCCCCAUCCAAUCCGUCGAGAAGAUUCUUAUUUCGGUCAUGAGUAUGCUUGCGGAGCCGAACGAUGAGAGUCCGGCGAAUGUGGAGGCAGCGAAGAUGUGGCGGGAUAAGAGGGACGAGUAUGAGAAGAGGGUUCGUAGUGAGGUUAGAAGGAGUUUAGGGCUUUGA